ACCCGACUUGCCCUUCCCAUCCACUCCCGAGGACCCCCGCAUCCCGGUCCGCGCCCCGGUCCGCCGGUGCCGUUCACCGGGAUCGCGCCGCGGAGUUUAUUGCGAAGCCCAAGUGGGUGGGUCCACGCGCACCGCCCGACUCGGGCCAGGACGGCCAGCCCCGAGCUCCGCGCCGGGCGCCGGGAUCGCCGCCGCUCCCGUGGCCCGGCCUCGCCACGGCUCCUAUUUGGAAAGAAAACUUCACGCGGCCGAAAUGAGCCUCCCCUCUCCCCGGCGAUCCUUCCUUCCCGGCCGGCAGAAAACCACUGCACUUUGACUAUGGAAACAGAGGCUAUCGAUGGCUAUAUAACGUCAGGUGACAAUGAGCUUUCACCUGAAAGGGAGCACUCCGAUAUGGCAAUUGACCUCACCUCAAGCACACCCAAUGGACAGCAUGCCUCACCAAGUCACAUGACAAGCACAAAUUCAGUAAAGCUAGAAAUGCAGAGUGAUGAAGAAUGUGACAGGAAACCCCUGAGCCGCGAAGACGAGAUCAGGGGCCAUGAUGAGGGUAGCAGCCUAGAAGAGCCCCUAAUUGAGAGCAGCGAGGUGGCCGACAACAGGAAAGUCCAGGAGCUUCAAGGCGAGGGAGGAAUCCGGCUUCCGAAUGGUAAACUGAAAUGUGACGUCUGUGGCAUGGUUUGCAUUGGGCCCAAUGUGCUUAUGGUACAUAAAAGGAGUCACACUGGUGAACGGCCCUUCCACUGUAACCAGUGUGGAGCUUCUUUUACUCAGAAGGGCAAUCUUCUGAGACACAUAAAGCUACACUCUGGAGAGAAGCCCUUCAAAUGUCCUUUCUGUAGCUAUGCGUGUAGGAGAAGGGACGCCCUCACAGGACACCUCAGGACCCACUCUGUGGGUAAACCUCACAAGUGCAACUACUGUGGACGAAGCUACAAGCAGCGCAGUUCACUGGAGGAGCACAAGGAACGCUGCCACAACUAUCUCCAGAAUGUCAGCAUGGAGGCUGCGGGCCAGGUCAUGAGUCACCACGUACCUCCUAUAGAAGAUUGUAAGGAACAAGAGCCUAUUAUGGACAACAAUAUUUCUCUGGUGCCUUUUGAGAGACCUGCUGUCAUAGAGAAGCUCACGGGGAAUAUGGGAAAACGUAAAAGCUCCACUCCACAAAAGUUUGUGGGGGAAAAGCUCAUGCGAUUCAGCUACCCAGACAUUCACUUUGAUAUGAACUUAACGUACGAGAAGGAGGCUGAGCUGAUGCAGUCUCAUAUGAUGGACCAAGCCAUCAACAACGCAAUCACCUACCUUGGAGCCGAGGCCCUUCACCCGCUGAUGCAGCACCCGCCAAGCACAAUCGCUGAGGUGGCCCCAGUGAUGAGCUCAGCUUAUUCUCAGGUCUAUCAUCCAAACAGGAUAGAAAGACCCAUUAGCAGGGAAACCUCCGACAGUCACGAGAACAACAUGGAUGGCCCCAUCUCUCUCAUCAGACCAAAGAGUCGACCCCAGGAAAGAGAGGCCUCCCCCAGCAAUAGCUGCCUGGAUUCUACUGACUCAGAAAGCAGCCACGAUGACCACCAGUCCUGCCACGGAAACCCUGCCUUAAAUCCCAAGAGGAGACAAAGCCCGGCCUACAUGAAGGAGGAUGGCAAGGCUCUGGAGACCACCAAGGCCCCCAAGGGCUCUCUGAAGGACAUCUACAAAGUCUUCAAUGGAGAAGGAGAACAGAUGAGGGCCUUCAAGUGUGAGCACUGCCGCGUCCUUUUCCUGGACCAUGUCAUGUACACCAUUCACAUGGGUUGCCAUGGCUACCGGGACCCACUGGAAUGCAACAUCUGUGGCUACAGGAGCCAGGACCGUUACGAGUUCUCAUCACACAUUGUUCGAGGGGAGCACACAUUCCACUAGGCCUUUUCAUUCCAAAGGGGACCCCUAUGAAGUAACAAACUGCACAUGAAGAAAUACUGCACUUACAGUCCCACCUUCCCUAAGAUGUUGACAUACCUUUUUUUUUUUUAAUAUUAUUACUGUCAUUAAUUCUUAUUUUGUGGACGCAGUGUCUUUGCUCUGCCUAAUUACAAUUAGGAAGAAACAGAAGGGACAGGGACAGGGGAUCUUGAUUACUUGGCUUGUUUUGUGGGAUUUUAAGAGCAGUUCUUUUCUGCCAUGCAUAGAUAUAAGGCAUAUCGUGCUUUGAAAAAAAAAUCGAUUGAUUCCUAUAGAUUCACCUAAGAGAUUCUGAUUUGCCACUGACGUUCAGGAUUGUGAUUGAAGGCAGGAAAGUUUAGUUUUCGGGGUGGGACUUUCGCAGUUUAAAAUGGUAUAAGUAAUUUAAUGCUUCAAAGAAAAAAUUGUUUUAAAUUGUAAACUGUUUUGUUUUUCCUUUAGAGAUCAUGGAACAGAAACACAUUGUUACUUUCAGUGAUAACUCCUUGGGUGGGUUGUUGUCGUGGGUUCUAUGUUUACUUCCCCUAUGGAAUUUAUAACACAGUAUGUUACACUGUACCAUAUAGCAAAACUUUUAAACUACAGCUAGUUAAGGACACCUCCAAUACAUCCGAGGUCCUAGGAUCUUAUUUUUCUAAACUUAAGCACUGUUUUUCCAUAGUUUUGAUGACUGGCAUUUUAUAGACACCCUGGCAGCCUUACUUUUAACACCUUUAAUGAAUAGUAUUUUUAUCUAGUUUUCAGAAUAACAUAUGGUCUAAGAGUGGCUAAGAGGCAGUCUGUAGUUUCCAGAAGGGACCUCUACUUUCAUAAAUUUGUUUGGGGAGUUUUCUUUUAAUGUUGUAAUGUGAUGGCCGCAUAGUAUACAUAUUUGUUGCUAAAAGUGUGCUUACGAUUGUCACUUUAUCAGCAUUUAAUCAGUGUUAACCAGUCAGCAGAAAAAAAUAUAAUUAGGCUAACAGUAGGGGGAAAAAACCCACUCAGAAAUCCCUUUUCUGGUAUAUUUCUCUUUUCACUUGUGUUUUUCAAGCUGUGACCACCCAGUGUUCUAUCCAUAGUCCAUUCAUCUUUUACUCUUCCAGCAGCAAACCUUAUAUACCUUACUAUAGGCUGUGUCUUUCAAACUCUCCUUGGAGCAAUUCCCGAUUUGAUCUGAAUGUGUAACUUGAAACCCCAAAGGUUAUGGAACUAGGGCUAUUUAUUCUAGUAUUUCUUCAGUAAUAACAUCUACCACUUUUGAUGCAGGGAAAGGGAACUUCUGUGUCUCUUAUACAUUGGACUAUAGAUCAAACAAACAAACAAAAAGCUUAUUUUUACAAACUAAAAGCUUUAUUCUUAGAGUAUAGGAAGUGACAGCACCUCCAAGUGAAAGUGACUGUGUCCAGCACUUUUUCGGUCUCAAAAAUUUUCAACUCUGUAUAAGUCCUUGUCAGAAAUGCAUCUCAGCUCCUUAGUACAGAAUUUCUCUUCCUUUAAUCAAUACAGGUCACCAUAGUCCACGUGCAGACUUUAAUGUCAUGUGUGUGGGUGCUCUGUCUGUUCUUUGCAGUCCUACAUACAGCAUUCGAGGAAAGCAACCUGGUGAGGUUGCUUCAGGUCAUCUGGGGGGCACACUUGGAGGCAGAACUCGCUGCUCGUGUUCAGAGAGGGCAAGCCUGCAGGUGACUGGAUCCUCUGAGAACCGUGUAUGAAGACUGACAUUCAGUUAGCAGUCCCUGAUAGCUGCUUUAAAAAAAAAAAAAAAACCACCAUCAAAUAGGAUGCAGAAACGAUGUUUCUUAAUACAGAAUGAUGUGAGAAUUAGCAAGACUAGAGAGCGAUGGACAGAUAAGCACCUCUGGUCUCGAUGCAGCUCUUUGCUCAUUUGCUGGUUUACCAUCUGCUUAUUUAAGCAACUUCUGAGCACCGACAGCCACAGCCAAGCAAAAUGGUCCCCACUCGGCUCUCUUUUACUAGCCCCUGCUGUAAUUAUUCUUGGAGAAAUGUCCAAACUGUUUCCUUAAAUCUAAGAGAGGCACCAAAACAGAGAUGUGAAAUGUUUUAAAUAGGAUGUCAACUGUCAUUUUAUUUUCUCUUGCAUGCUUUGGUACAUUGGUGCAUUCAUAUACAGCUCAUUCAAAGCUAACGCAUGUCUUUGAGACCCUCCCCCCCCCACCCUAACCAAUCAUAAGUAAUUGAGAUUUUGUUUUUGCCUUUCGGUGGUAGGUAAAUCAUUUACAUUAGUGAUUUUGUGUUUCACCGCAAUUUAAAGAAACAUUUGGACGGCAGUCAGUAUGUUCAUAACUUUGGCUGUGUGUGAAUUUCUGCAGGCAUUGUCUCAAUAUUCUUCCUGCUUCCGAUUAAAAAAAAAAAAUAAAUGUGUGAACAAGGAUGUACCUGCCCUGGACUGGAACUGAAUUUAGGAGGAUCUAAAGAGUUGUGUAGUGCCCCAUGGAGACAGGACUCAUGCACUCUCCUUUUCUGAUUUUAUCUUUUUAGGGAUCUAUUUUAUCGAAGGGACUUGGUACUUAUGCAAGUGCAUUUGCUACAAGUGUGUGCUUGUACCUUCUUAGCCUCAUGAUCUGAGGAACAGAAAGAGGUAAAGAUGGCUCAGGGUGUGGCUGGGACAAAUGAGGACAAGGUCGAUUCCAGUGUGUAGGUUUAGGAAGAGUUUCUGUGGACACGGUACUUUCUGGGAAAUCUGGAUGCUAUAUUUGCAUGCCUCUUCUUCACUAAAGGAAAUAAGCAAGGUGGUAGCACCUAAAAAUAAGUAUGAGGGUCAGACACCAAAUAAGUCAAGUUUUAUAGAACAGUUUUAUGCCCAGUUUAUUCAGCUGAGAUGUUACAAUACAGAGUAUUUAAGGGGCACAAAAAUGGGUUAGUUUCUGUGUUUUCCAUGUUGGCAAAAAUUCAGAAAUUCAUCAUAUUGCAUUGCCCUAAUUUUGCCCAGAAUUUUCUCUCCAACUCUUGCUGGAGAAAUCUGCAGUCUCUCUCUAUUGGUGGUCAAUCACUUAAAAAGCUAUUCUACCCUGGCUUUUUACAACAGUGGAAGUGACCAAUCAGCAGAUCAGAAGCGAUUUCAAGUUGCUGAAACAUUCCGUUGAGAAUAUUCUAGAGGGACAAAAUGGGAGAAUAAGAGAGCAGGAUUUAGAUUUGGCUACAAAGUGAAGGGUAUCUCCUACAUACAUACAAACAAUUAUGUAUACACACAUACAGUCUUUUAAACAAAAUGCAUAAAAAGAAGCAAUUAGAGUGGUCAUCUGUGUUGCAAGAGCAUAUAGAGAGCUAACUACUGUUAAUGCCUUUCUUCUUACCAGAUUGUAUUAAGAAAUAUUAAAGAAGUAACUAGUGUGUGGCUAGGACAUUUGGCAACUAUUGAAAGUUGCAACUAUCUACUUCAGAAGAAAUCAAAACAGUCAAAAAAAGUAGAGAAUUUAAGCUGAUUUUAUAUCAUCUCCAAAGAGAAGGAAACAAAUUACUUUUGGAUAGGAAGAUACAAAAAACAAACAAACAAAAAAAAACCACCCCAACUGCUAUGUAAAUGACAGAUGGACAAAAACAAGAGAAUUUUAGUGAUUUUGGUAUUGUUUUGUGUGUGUUGUACACCUCACACAACCACCCUGAAGUCUUUAUGAUAUUUUAAUAUUUCACAAGUUUUAUACCAGAGAAGGCAUUUCAAUGAAAAUAGGUUUAUUUAUUUUCCACUGUUAACUCAUUUUAUCUCCAAAAUCAUUCAUUAAAGUAGAAAAAGAAAAGGCUGCAAAAAUACAAACAAAAAUCUGUAUGGCCUUAGUUUCAAGACAGAACUUAGAUUAUAAGGUACUGGCUGUGUUAUUUUUCAACUUUAAAUUGUUCAUUUUUACAAAAAGGGAUGUUACGUUUGUGAUCAUCUUUACUUACAUUCGAUAUAUUAUUGUAGCAAAUACUAUUUUAUUAAGACUAUUCUAAAACAGGAAUUCCCCAAAUGCACAGGAAAAAAAGAGUGGCGGAGAAAUUACAGUUUGUAUAUAGGAAAGUUAUCUUAGAAAUGUUUUUAAACCUCCAGUUUCUGCAAAAUAAUUAAAAUAUACAGUAACUGGUCUCUUAAGAUCCUUAAUUUAAUGUAUUAAAUACUUACAAAAUUUUUUAUAUUGGUGCCUUUUUAAAAUGCAUUGAGAGAGUGUUGAUUAGCUAUUGUACCUCUACAACACUUUUACUAUGUAUUUUUAAAAAUCACUUAAAAUUGAGCACUAUAUAAUUUAUCUUCACGUUUUUAGGCCAACACUGUUAGAAGAAUUUUCAAUACAGAGACUUUCAAGCUCAUCUGUGCAAAGUCAAAGAAAAUUUUGAAACCAGAUUUUGUCUUUUUAGUUAAAUAGUAUUUCCGAAUGCCAUUACAAGGCUAUGCUGGUAAAAUAUAAGGUAGAUGGAAGUUUUAGCUGUGAAUUGCAUUAUGGUAUGUGUUUUGUUUUGUUUUGUUUAAGGAAAAAAAUAAGUUCUGAUAUCAUGCAAGGCAUUAUUAGUGGGAUUUUUGCUCAAUAAAACAGAGUAUUGUUUGGAAUUUCAUCUAAGGACUAGCAUUGUGGUAGUCUUAGAACCUCAGUCUUCUAAUCUGUUAAUGUUUAAUGAAAUAAUGUAAAGAAGCAGGUAAUUAAUUCUCCUUGAACAAAACAAAACUGAACAGUCAGAUCACACUGCUAUUCUCCAAAGCAUAAUCUCAAAUGGUUUCCUACCAUGGUUGUGUAUUACUUGCAAGGAAUGCAAGGAUAUGACAGCUUUUAAAAAAUAAUAAAAAUAGUAAUAAUAAGCUGCUUGUUGUACAAAGCAAAUGUCAUAUGACCAAGAAGCUGUGAUAUGCUAGUGUUUCUUUUCUCAUGGUGUAUUGCUAGGCCAAAUAAUGACACCUUAACUAUUUUUACAUUUUUUGCAGAAACCUAAAAUUUUGAAAUUUCCACAGGGUUUUCAUGUAACAUUCUAUUUCUGGCUUUUUAGUUUUUUCUUGCUGUACUAUAAGUUUGUGGAUAUUUUUCACAUGCCCUCUUAGAAAUAAGUUCUUAAUUCUGUUUAUGGGGUUCUUCUUCCGUAACAUUGCAUUUGUAUAUUUUCUGUAUAAAUGUGUUGUGAAAUAACCUUUAUCCCAUACAGAGAAUAGUAUGUGAAUGACUAGUUUUCUAUGAUGUCCUUUUUAUUGUGAAUAACAUAUAAAAUGUAGGGGCCCUCUGCUAAACCAUGGAAAGUAUGGCAUAUAAUUUCAUAUAGGUACAGACAAGCCAGUUUGCAGUCAAUUGGGCCUUCAAAUUACCUCAAGUGACACCCAGUAAGAAAAGCUUCUCUGAUGGGUGGAGGUCACUGAAUCCCCUUCUAUGCACUUAUCAGGAUUCUACUUAAUUUAAUUUACUGGAAAUGAAUUUAAAACAUUGAAUACACUGUAAUAAGGGAAGGAUUCUGGGUUUUGUUUUUGUUGUUUUAUUCUUUUGUGUUUAUUUUUUUUAAGUAGUUCCAUUUCUGAAACUGUGAUU